AUGACACAGAUCAUUCAGGUCGACGCACUUGUUGUAGGCGCCGGCGUUGGCGGGAUCUAUGCCACAUACCGUCUUGCCGAUAUGCACAUGAACAUCCAAACCAUUGACAUGGCAUCGGACGUUGGCGGAACUUGGUACUGGAACCGUUAUCCUGGUGCAAUGAGCGACACAGAAACCUACCUUUACCGAUACUCUUGGGACAAGGACGACCUUCAAACAUAUCCAUGGACGCACCAUUAUGUUUACCAGCCCGAGAUUCUUAAGUAUCUGCAACACAUCGUCAAAAAGCACGACCUGCGGAAGCACAUGAAGUUCAACUGCGAGAUGAAGUCAGCGACUUGGGAAAACGUCAGUCAUCGCUGGCAUGUUACCUGCUCCACUGGAGAGGUCUACCACGCACGAUACUUGGUCAAUUCCCUUGGCCUCCUCUCGAAGGCCAACUAUCCCGACAUUCAGGGCCUUUCAAAUUUUCAAGGAUCGCUGUUACAUACCGCGAAGUGGGACGACACCGUUCAACUGGAAGGCAAGCGUGUCGGUAUCAUCGGCAACGGUUCGACUGGUGUCCAGGUAAUGACAGCCAUUGCCCCCAAGGUUGGCCAUCUUGCUUCGUUUCAGCGUCAUCCGCAGUACUCUGUGCCCAGUGGCCAAGGCCCAAUCGCAGCGGACUACCGCAAGAAGGUCAACGAAGACUACGACAAAAUUUGGAACAAUGUCUGGUCCUCGACAGUCGGGUUCGGCGUCCCAGAGUCCACGCGCAAGACCAUGGAAGCUUCCCCCAAGGAGAGAAAGGAGGCAUUCGAAGAGGUCUGGUCAAAGGGUAACGGAUUUCGCUUCAUGUUCAGCGCCUUUGGCGACCUCACCACCGACGAAGCAGCCAACGAGGAGGCGUGCAGCUUCAUUCGCGGCAAGAUUGACGAGAUCGUGGAGGAUCCCGCCAAGGCAAGCGUUCUAAAGCCUAAGGAGCUGUAUGCCCGCCGCCCGCUUUGCGACUCUGGGUACUACGAGAUCUUUAAUCGAGACAACGUCGACGUCAUCGACAUCCAAGCCAAUCCGAUCAAGCAAAUUACGGAUACUGGGAUUGAGCUCACCGAUGGCAAGAUUCAUGAUAUGGACGUCUUGGUCUUCGCCACAGGCUUUGACGCCAUUGAGGGAAGUUACUCAAGAGUGUGCAUUACCGGCCGGGAUGGAAAGACGUUGAAGGACCAUUGGAGAGACGGCCUCAAGGCCUACGGAUCAAUCGCCUGUUCAGGCUUUCCCAACAUGUUCUUAAUCGCAGGCCCUCAAGGCCCAUUCGCCAACUUUCCACCCGUCAUCGAAAGCGAGACGAAUCUCAUCAUGUCUCUCAUUGAACAUGCGGAAGCUCUGGACUCUGGUCGCAAGACCACUCCCAACGGCAUUACAAACGGCAAGAGCAAUGGUACCAAUGGAACCUCCAGAACCAGGCCUGCAAUCAUAGAGGUCUCCGAAGAGGCCGAACAGGAUUGGGCAGAUUUGUGCGACAGUCUGGUACAAGGAUCGGUUUUUCUGAAAAGUCCGUCUUGGAUUUUCAGUCGAAAUAUUCCAGGUCGCAAACCGAACACGAAUUUCUACUUCGCGGGUCUCAGAUCAUACUUGGAAUGGGUUAGCAAACAGACAUCAGCCGGGUUUCCGGCAUUCGCCCGGAGUUGGGAUGCAUAG